GCCCACAGUUCAGCCCGGGAAUAUGUAUUUCCUUCCCUCGAUAGAAUUUACAUACGGCAUUUAGCUGUACGUAACGAAAAAAAUAUUGUCGAAUUACUAGAUAUUUACGGUUCAUUUCCCUGUUGAAAAAAUAUGUUUUUGGAACGGUUUUUCAAAUAGGGUUGUAUACACAGUAGCCAAUCAGAGAAGCCCAAAUUCAAACGUCAUUGUCGCUUAAUUCCGUCAUUGGCUGUCAACCUAGCUCAUUCUAGAAACAUCAUCGAAUUUUCGGCUGUGGACCUCGUAUAAAACCGGCCAUUUUGAUAUUUCGCUUCCGAAUCGAUCACAGUCCUUGCUUGGGUACGCGUACUGCACACGCCUUCAAAGUAACGAGCUAAAAAAGUCUGUAUAACUCUACUAGUAUCCAAUUUUAAGAUGGCAGCGAAAGCACCAGCAGUAGGUAUUGAUUUGGGCACCACAUAUUCCUGUGUGGGAGUCUUCCAGCAUGGCAAAGUGGAAAUCAUUGCCAAUGACCAGGGUAACAGAACAACACCCUCCUAUGUGGCAUUCACCGACACUGAGCGCCUCAUCGGUGAUGCUGCAAAAAAUCAAGUAGCAAUGAAUCCAAACAACACUAUUUUCGAUGCCAAGCGUUUGAUUGGUCGUCGUUUUGAUGAUCCUGCCAUCCAAGCUGACAUGAAGCACUGGCCAUUUGACGUGCUCAACGACAAUGGCAAGCCUAAGAUUAAGGUUUCCUAUAAGGGUGAAGACAAGACCUUUUUCCCUGAAGAAAUCAGCAGCAUGGUAUUGACCAAGAUGAAGGAGACUGCAGAAGCGUACCUUGGCAAGAACGUCACAAAUGCAGUUAUUACUGUACCUGCCUAUUUCAAUGAUUCCCAGAGGCAGGCGACCAAGGAUGCAGGCACCAUUUCCGGCUUACAGGUUCUGCGUAUAAUAAACGAGCCGACGGCGGCCGCGAUUGCGUACGGUCUGGACAAGAAGGGUCAAGGGGAGCGCAACGUGCUCAUCUUCGAUCUGGGCGGCGGCACCUUCGACGUCUCCAUCCUGACCAUCGAGGAUGGCAUUUUCGAGGUGAAAUCCACGGCCGGAGACACGCAUCUCGGCGGCGAGGACUUCGACAACCGCAUGGUGAACCACUUUGUGCAAGAGUUCAAGCGCAAAUACAAGAAGGACUUGACCAGCAACAAGCGCGCCCUACGUCGGCUGAGGACAGCCUGCGAAAGGGCGAAGCGCACCCUCUCCUCCUCGACGCAGGCCAGCAUCGGAGUCUCAUGUCUCAAGGAAGACGCUAACCCAGUCGAAUUUUUUGUUUCAAUUCCGACUGACCGUUACAGAUUCGAAGAGCUGAACGCCGAUCUGUUCCGUUCGACGAUGGAACCGGUCGAAAAGGCGAUCCGCGACGCGAAAAUGGACAAGGCGCAAAUUCACGACAUCGUGCUGGUCGGCGGAUCGACGCGCAUCCCGAAAGUUCAGAAAUUGCUGCAGGACUUCUUCAACGGCAAGGAGCUGAACAAAUCGAUCAACCCGGACGAGGCCGUCGCGUACGGCGCGGCCGUACAAGCGGCCAUCCUGCACGGAGACAAGUCCGAGGAGGUGCAGGACCUGCUGUUGCUCGACGUGACCCCGUUAUCGUUGGGUAUCGAAACCGCCGGCGGCGUCAUGACCGCCCUCAUCAAAAGAAACACCACCAUUCCGACCAAGCAGACGCAGACCUUCACCACAUACUCGGACAAUCAGCCGGGAGUGCUCAUUCAGGUGUACGAGGGUGAGCGUGCGAUGACGAGGGACAACAAUUUGCUGGGCAAAUUCGAGCUGACCGGCAUUCCGCCAGCGCCUAGGGGCGUGCCUCAGAUCGAGGUCACGUUCGACAUCGACGCAAACGGCAUCUUGAACGUGACGGCGAUCGAGAAAUCCACCAACAAGGAGAACAAGAUCACGAUCACCAACGAUAAGGGUCGCCUGAGCAAGGAGGAUAUCGAGCGUAUGGUCAACGAGGCGGAGAAGUACCGCAACGAGGACGAUAAGCAGAAGGCUACAAUUUCCGCGAAGAACGCGCUGGAAUCCUAUUGCUUCAACAUCAAGAGCACCAUGGAGGAUGAUAAGAUCAAGGAAAAAAUCUCAGAGGCUGACAAGAACACCGUCAUGGAGAAAUGUAACGAGGUGAUCGCCUGGCUGGACGCUAACCAACUGGCUGAUAAGGAAGAGUACGAGCACAAGCAGAAAGAGCUGGAGAACAUUUGCAACCCGAUCAUAACGAAGCUGUACCAGGGUGCAGGAGGCGCCCCUGGAGGUAUGCCCGGAUUCCCGGGUGGUGCUCCAGGCGCAGCCCCUGGUGCAGGAGGUGCCGCUCCCGGUGGCGGGGCUGGACCCACCAUCGAAGAGGUCGACUAAAGCAGUUACUGUUCUGUUCCAAUGCAAACAUACUACACUUGUUGCCUAACAAUACGUCAGUUGUUCUUUUGCUAAGCAAUAUAGCGACUGAUAUGAAAUAAAAUUCAACCCUAAACA